AUGAGAUUGUUAUCAAUUUAUUUUUUGCUUUCAAAAAUAGUCCAGCUUCAGCCUCCUUGCAACUUUCAACUGGAAAAUGCCCACAAGCCUUCCUACAAUUUAACGUGGACACUUUGUGUUGUCUCCCACUACCUAAAUGGAAAACUGGAAUAUGAAAUUCGGUAUAGAGCAAUUUCUCCUGGUGAGAAUGACACAAUCCUGCCCAUAACUCAAGAUCAGAAAUGGCUAGUAAUUGAGAACCUUUCUCCUGACACAAUGUUUGAGGCGGCCAUUCGUGUCAAAGUAAAAGGGAUUGGAUUUUACAAAAGCGUAUGGAGCAGAUGGAGCACGCCUCCUUUAAGAUGGAGGACAGAUCCUGAAGCAUCACAACUCCUUCCAGUUAUUGUAUCCAUUGCCGGGAUCAUCAUUCUCAUCUUCAUCAUUUUCUUGGUGAUUGUAUCUUCAGCAUCAAAACGAUUUAGAAAGAAGUUUAAUAUCAAUUUGCCAAAUCCAGCUAAGUUCUUUCCAUCUCUCAGUGGUAUCCAUGGAGGAGAUAUCCAGCAGAAGUGGUUGUCCUCCCCAGCAUCCAUUACUUCCUUCCAUGUUACAGCUGAAGCUCCCAUUGUCUCUAUGUUAGAGAUAAUGCAAAGUUGCAGCAAGAAGUCCUACCUUCUCCCUCCUAAGCAAUACUUCACAAAUAUUGAAGACAUAACAGAGACCAGUGGACACUCCUCAAGCAGCUGCUUUACGAACCGUGGCUAUUUCUUUUUCCAUCAUCUUGAUUCCCUUGAGAUUGAUUCCUGCAAGGUGUAUUUUACCUACGAUGCUCUGGCUCGUAGUGAAGAUAGUGAUUCCUAUUUCCACAAAGAGCUCCAUAAAGCGAGUCACAACUUCCCAUCAUCUACCAACAUCAUGACAAACCAGGAAAAUGAUACUUCUCUUCAAGGUUAUUCAACAGGCAGUCUUCCAUCAGGGGGCGACUUCCCAAUAGCAACAGCUGUAGACCAGAAUGAGAACACAGAAGAGGGAAUUCCUCUUGUCUUGUCUUCAAAACCCCCUGAGCAGUAUUCCAUAGAUGAUUUAAGUGAGCCAAAAUCAUUUAGCCACAAUACUGAUAGAAUAGAAUUACUCAGAAAUGAAGAGUUAUCUAACAAUGUUAUGGGAAAUAACAGGUUCAUGUUUUCAAAUCAAGGCCAAUCCAAUGAUAUCUGCAGAACUGCAUCCUCCAGCCAGAUCCCUAGUUCCUCAGAAGCCUAUCUGUCCUUGCGGGAUCUUCAGCGACAUUAUAGUCAUCAUUCUGUCUAAGUCCAUGAUAGGAAAUCGUUUUUUUCAGUGCUGUUGUAUCUUCAAGAGGUCACUAAAUGAAUGGUUGUGCAUUGAGGAGUAUCUGUAAAUUUGGAUGUAAAUUCUCCAUCAAAAAUAUAUCGUGCAAAUCCAGAUCCAAAUACUGCUUUUCAUGCUUUGGAUCAAUUCAUGUUUUGGGUCUUAGGUAUAGCAAAUCUGUUAAUUAGCACCAUGACUACUUAGCGCUGGGGUGUCAAACUCAUGUUGUCACAAAGGUGUCACAUGAUGUAUCAGGGCUUUUUUUCCAUUUGCUAAACCAGGCGUGGGCAUGGCCAGCCCGUGACAC